AUGGGUAUCAGAGGUCUUUCAAGCAAGCUCAUCUUGGCUCUUGGCGCGAGCUCGGCAGUAGCAUCUUCUGUCCUGCCCCGCCAGUCUAACAGCUCGAGCCCCGACAUCAGCCCGUACUUUCAGUCCAUCUCCGACUAUGUCGACUCCAUUGUCGAUGAGUUGUGGCCAAUCAACCAGGAGAUCCACGACAAUCCGGAGCUUGGAUAUGAGGAGGUGGAAGCGCAUAAACUCCUGACCGAUUUCAUGGAGGCUCAUGAGGGAUGGAACGUGACCAGGUCCAUCUACAACAUCAGCACUGCCUUCGUAGCUGUCUUCGAGGGAAGCGGAGAUGGUCCUAUUGUGUCUUUCAAUGCCGAAUAUGAUGCUCUUCCUGGUCUCGGCCAUGCGUGCGGCCAUAACCUGAUCGCGACUGCAUCCGUCGGUGGUGCGCUUGCCACCGCUGAGAUCAUGCGUGCUGAGAGCCUCCCUGGAAAGGUCAUUCUGUUCGGAACGCCCGCUGAAGAGAGUCUCGGCGGCAAGGUCAAGCUUCACGAAGCCGGUGCCUUCACUGAUCACAAUAUCGAUAUUUCCCUCAUUACUCACCCGACCAACGGCGGCGAUUCCCCUUACAUGAUCACCACCUCCACCGACCGUUUCGAAGUUGAGUAUUACGGCAAGGAGGCUCACGCUGCUGCCUCCCCUUGGGAGGGUAUCAACGCCCAAGACGCCCUCAUUGUCGCAAACAACGCCAUUGCCCUCCUCCGCCAGCAGACGCGGUCCACCGACAAGAUCCACGGCAUUAUCAGCUCUGCUGGCUCUCGAAUCAAUGUCAUCCCCGCCCUUGCGGAAGCCUCCUUCCAGAUCCGUUCCGCAGACAACGUGGCUCUAGAGGAGUGGACCGAUCGCGUGAUGAAGUGCUUCGAGGCCGGCGCUCUGGCGACUGGCGCCGAGCUGAAUCUGACCAUGAGGCCGUACGGCUACGACAACAUGGUCAGCAACGACCUCUUGGCGAGCUCGUAUUCCAAGUACUUCACUGAGCUUGGCGGCGAGGUUCCUGAUGCCGAAGUCGACAAGCUGCGUGAGCCCACUGGAAGCACUGACCAGGGAAACCUGAGCCAUGACUUCCCUAGUAUCAGCCCGUUCUUCGGCAUCACUAACGAGAACGGAAGUGUGCCUGAUGGCGGUCCCCACACUGCGGCUUUUGAGGUUGCUGCUGGUAGCAGAGCGGCGUUUGACAAGGCUAUCAUGGUUGCAAAGGGUAUUGCUGGUGUUGCCGUUGAUGUGCUGACUGUUGACGGUCUUUUGGGCCAGAUUAAGGAGGAGUUUGAGGCUACGCAGGAGAAGCGCAGAAGACGUCGCGCUAGUUUCUAG